UAUCGUAUUCCGUCUCAGGGAUUAUUUAAGAAGAUAAUUAAUGUCGCUUUCUUUUUUUUUUUUUUAUUCCAGAUUCCCGUCAUUCCAAUUCGUAGCGUUAGGACAGAUGACAGCGACGGUGGUCGUCCUGUUCGUGGCCAAGCGGCUCAAAUUCGUCGACUAUCCCGAGUUCUCGCCGGACAUCGUGAAUAAAAUAUGGCCGCUGCCCCUGAUCUAUGUGGGGAACCUGAUCUUUGGGUUGGGAGGCACCAAGAGGCUCAGUUUGCCGAUGUUCACUGUCCUUCGGAGAUUUUCCAUCCUAUUCACCAUGAUUGGAGAAAAAUUAAUUUUAGGGAAUAACCCACCUUUUACUAUUCAAUUAACCGUGUACACCAUGAUCCUUGGCUCCAUCAUUGCGGCAUUAAACGAUAUCUCCUUUGAUGCGGUGGGCUACUUCUUUGUGCUAUCCAACAACGUGUUCACGGCAGCCAAUGGUGUCUAUGUUAAGAAGAAGUUGGACAGUAAGGAUCUGGGGAAGUAUGGCCUACUGUUCUACAACUCACUUUUCAUGCUGCCGUUCGCCCUCUCCUUCAGCUGGUUCAACGGUGAUCUUGAUAAGGCAGUGGCAUACGAAGGCUGGAGUGACCUGUGGUUCACAGUCCAGUUCAUCAUGUCGUGCAUCAUGGGAUUCAUCCUGAUGUACUCGGUGAUGCUGUGCACGCAGUACAACUCUGCCCUCACCACCACCAUCAUCGGGUGCCUCAAGAACAUCUUCGUUACGUACUUAGGGAUGAUUAUUGGAGGCGACUAUGUGUUCUCCAUCUACAAUUUCGCAGGGCUCAAUAUCAGCAUUGCAGGUAGUAUAGUGUACUCGUGGGUGACGUUUCGCAAAAAGGAUCCCCCCAAGCCUGAGCUCAUGAAAGCUGCCCCGACUUCCAACGUCUAAGCUGCGUUGCUGUUGUUUAGACGCGUGGCAUUCUCCACAGUGGUGAAAUAUCCAUCACGAAAGAGGUGUUAUGUGCUCAUCCGUGAUACGUUCCUGUUGCUGGGAAAUGACAUAUGUUGCUCAUGUUGUGGGUUUGUCUUUUUUUAUAUUUUAUUUUAUUUGUCACAUGUUGUGAGUAUUACAACUAAUUUAAAAGAAAAAAAAAAUUAUUGCACUUUGAUCAGUGGAGGUUUUUGAUAGUGUUGUUUCUCAUAAGCCUAGAGUCGUUGGUGUACAUCUGUGUUACUACUUUUUUCAGUUAAAAGAUCUUUAUUUUUUAUUUUUUUUUAUUUCAAAGAAAUUGAUUUUGAAUUUUCUCUUAAAUAAUAGCCAUUUGACAAACCUGAGAACUUCAAAAUAAUAACAGUUUUAGAGAGUAUUAUAGAGUAUCCCUUCAGCCUGUAUGGUACAUGAGGCUGAGAAUCCGAGUGGGCAUCUGCAAACUUCAGGGCAUUAUCCCUCCUUGGUACUUGCCUCCCUUAUAGAUGGAUUUCACUGUUUAAACAGAGGGAGGACUCUUAAGAUUGAAAAUACAAAAGCAUGAGAUAUGAAAAUUUGGAAUGUAUGAGAUGUGACCUUUUACGCAGACUUCAAUCUUUCGUUGGUGUCUUUGUGAUUGGGCAUACUUUGCACUGAAGAUCAGGGUUAUGUGAAAGUCAUAGUGUUACGGUGCGACUGUCAGGUUCUGCCUGAUUUUGAAAACAUGCACAUUACUUGAAAUCAUUUUCCUUUGAUGGAAAAUCCAGUGGUUAGACUACAGAAAAUAUUUGAUAUAUAUCGAAAGGUAAAUCUUUCUGAGAUGUAGGUUUACAGUAUGUUUUAGUUAUGAAGACAAGUAUUGUUGUUGAUUGGCAUUGAAAAAAAACAAAAACAAAUCAGAAGCUACAAUAGAAGUGAGUGCAUACAACUGGUGUCUCUAGUAUUUUCAUCAUUAUGCUGGCAUAAUCUUACUCAGCUGGAAAAUUGUCAUGGAUUUUAUUAAAAAUCAAAUGUUUUGAAUAGUACCAAGUACAAUGCACAUUGAUCUAAGAAGAAUUGAAUUAAUUAUUAAAGAUAAAUACGAGAGUGCAUUCUUUUAUGAGCACAAAUUUUCCAUUUAGCAGACUGUAAAUGUGUGCCAAGCUUCAAGCCGCAUUAAUCAUCCGAUAUUAAAAAAUAGAUCUAAGAGGCACUAUACCUGAAUUGAACCUGCAGACAUCAAAGAAAUAACACAAGUGGGUAUAAUCUCAAGUUUCUGCUCUUCAUUUUGUUAACUGAAAAUUGGCUGUUCAUACAUAUAGUGAUUCUAGUGACAAAGAAGAGGGGAAGCCAGUUUUGCAGUCAUUCCAUGUAACAGAAAGUACAGUGUAUAAUGUUGUUUGGACACAUUUGUUGUGUGGUGUGAUACAUAUGUUUUAGGUUAUUUAUUCAUAACUUUUAAGUUACUUAAUCUUCCUUUUUUUUUCUGAAAGAGAGUUAUUUGUUGAAUUUUGAAGACCCCUUAGUUUUAUUUCAAAUCAUGUUGAAUGAAUUGAAGUGGCAUUAGAGAGUGUUGGAACUCUGGGUUUAUAAUAGCUUGUUUUAUUUAUUUAUUUUUUAAUAAGAUGUUUAUGAUUCCCUAUUUUGUCGUAAGAGCUGUCAUUAUGUGAUAAAGGAGAAGUACGCCAUUUUGCAUUUGCUGUAAAGUGUUAUUUUUAUGAAGAAUAUUUAUGUAAUUUUUUUCAGAUUGAGCUUAUGUGUAUAUAUAUGUACCUACCUAUCUUUUAAACACAUAAAUGCACAUGGUUAUACUUGCUCAUGUACUCACAUAUAUAUAUAUACACACUCAUGGGUACAAACAGACAAUCUCUAUCCUCUCAGUUAUCUCAAUUUUCCCUCUAUCCUCUCUUAUCCCAUUCCCCCUUUAUUCUCUAUCCUUCUUCUCUUUUGCUAUCCCUCUCCUACAUUUACACCUCCUCCCAUUUGUCUUUCCCUCUCAAUUCUCCCACUCCCACCAGUGCACACAAACGUACGUACACAAGUACUAACAAUACGUGUGGAAAAGUGGGAUGAAGCUUGAUGGGGAAGGAUUUAACGUACUAGUAGAUUCAACGUCGUAACUGUUUGGGGGAAACUUUUUUUUUUUUCUCUCAGUGUGAGCUAAGUACUUCCCUGGCAAAAAGAGAAAGAGAGAAAUAGCCUUUCCACUUUAUCUUCACUUAAACCAGUUUUUUAGUGCUGACAAGUAGUGUAGUUAUAUGUGUGUGUAUAUAUACGUAUAUGGUUAAAGUAUUUAUAUAAUAUUUAUAUAAAUAUUUUUUUUAUAUACAUAGAUCUUUCCUGAUGUAGUUUGUUAUUACCGAUUCUUUUUUUUUGUAGGCAAAACCUAUUGUUAUUUUUGUUAUUUAUAAUUUAUAGAAUACUGUAAAAGAAAAAGUUCCAAGAUUCAAAGCUUCACUGUUUUAAGAUUACCCCAUUUUAUAUCAGUUGCUCAUGGUUUCAUUCGAUUUAGAACACCUGGAUCUAACUUUUGGAAAAGGGGCAUUAUUUGUUAUUGUUUACUCAUCGUUAUUGUUAUUUUUUAUUAUUACUUUUAUUAUUAUUAUUAUUAUUUUCUUUUUUCUUUUUUUUUUUCUUUACAUAAAAAUCAGCAUUCUUCAUGUCAUUUUGCGUAGCAUCUCAGGGCUUGUCAUGUCACCAAUUCCAGACGAGGUAGAGGAAAAGCUUGUUUUUUAUCUUUUUCUGUGUAGGUUCAUGCAUAGCAGAUGUUAAAUGAUUCCGAUAUUUAAUCAUUCAUUCAUAUGACUUCAUAGACAUUACCCUUUGAGUGCCACAUAUACUAGUACAGAGAAUUAUUAGUUGCAGUAGUUCGCAUCUGUAUACUUCCCUUUUUUAUGUAGUAUUAGCCAAAGUAUUAGAUGUGUUUAGGAUGUUUUUUUUGUUUUGUUUUUAUUCAGUUGCUCAUGAUCUGAUGUUGAUAUUUUACCUGACUAUUUGGAAGGAAAUGUUUCCAUAAAGUUUUAAAUGGGGACGCAGCAAGCCACAUGUUUUCAUUGCUUAGGUAAAGGUUGGAUAUUGUUCUUAGAUAUGUUUGUUGGUUCAGCCCUUGUAUAAUAGGUAUGCUAAUCUGCUACCUUUACUAUGACAAAUGUGAGGGUUGUUAUCAUUCAUCUUUUUUUUUUUCUUUUCCUUUUUUUUUUUUUUUUUUUUUUUUUUUUUUUUUUUUUUUUUUUUUGCCUGCGAGCUCAGUUUAAAUAAACAAUGAAUAUAUACUGAACCGAGGAACAGGUAAACGAAGUAAUGACUCCUCAGAGACAUGUUGCCCUGGUUUGAGUAAAUGCCAUUGCAAUUCCUGCCACCUCCUCCUCCUCGUAUUUCUCAUCCCCAAGGUCCAUAGCUGCUGUAUUUACCCAUCUAAACAGUCAGUGCAUUGUCCUUCUAGCAAAUGUGCUCGGUGCAGAAGAAAUCGUUCAUUCACUUCAGAUUUUUUUUUUUUUUUUUUUUUUUCUUUCUUUUCCUUUCCUUUCUUCCUCCAACUUUUACCAAACCAGAACCGCCCCCUCAGCCCCCUCCUCUCCCCCAAAACUGCAUUGUAUAUGGCAAUAUUUCAAGAUGCAAGAGGGGAGCAGUCUGAUUAGUGUCUUAGGGGAGCAUCGUCUCUGUAAUCAUCUUGCUGGCCAUGUUGCCGAUAUGCCAUAUUUAUUCCACGUGUUUUUGACCAUUUAGGGAUAUUUAUUUCUAUUUAUUUUUUAUUAUUAUUUUUUUUUUUUUAUAUGUCCGUGCUGUUUGUGUGUGUGUUGUGUGUGAAUGAUACUUUUUUUUUUUGAGAGAGAGAGAAAGAGAGUUUCUUAAAAAAGUGUGCUUAUCACUAUUCAACAAAGAUAAUAUAUUUUACAGGAUGGAUUAGAAAAACAAAGAGAGAGAGAGAGAGAGAGAGAGAGGAAAAGGGAUACGUGCCAGUUCUUGACACGUGUCAAUUUCUGUGGUGGAAGUUAUAUCCCUAAAGGAAGUUGUGAAAUAAAGAGAUGUACAUUUAUAUUUUUGUAAUCUCCAAAGCUGCUAUGCUCUUCCUGUUCAUCAUUUCAGUUCAUGCAUCCUCCUUAAUUUUUUUAUGGUUGUGUUAUCAUUUAAUGUAAUGCACUGUUUUCUGUGAAUUGAGUGAUGAAUAUGAAUAAUAAUUAUGAAAUUGUGAAUUG